CAACAUGCUGGCCAUCAGGAAGAGGAGCCUGAAAAUGUUCACGCUGGCCUUACUCUUCGUCAUCACCAUCACCUCCUUCUUGCUGAAUUACACCCACAAUGCCGUCACGGCUGCUUGGGACCCGAAGCAGAUUCUCGAGCAGUUUCGGAAACUGGUGGCGUACCCCCGGAGGCCCUGUGGCUGUAACACCUGCAUCUCCGAGCAGGGGGUCUCACCUUGGUUCGACGAGAGGUUUAACCAAACUAUGCAACCCAUCUUGACUGCCCGGAAUGCCUUCAUGCCUCCCGAGAGCUACAAGUGGUGGCUGAAAUUGCAAGGGGAGAGAAACCCAAAGUAUAUGAACGAAUCCAUCCGGGAACUGUUUGAGAUCAUUCCCGGAGACCCGGAGCCAGUUCUGGAGAGAAGCGGGUCACAGUGUCGGAGGUGUGCUGUGGUGGGGAAUUCGGGAAACCUGAAGCAUUCUCAGUACGGCAAAGAGAUUGACGACCAUGACUUUGUCUUCAGAAUGAACAAAGCCCCAACAGCCAACUUUGAAACAGAUGUCGGCAGCAAAACCACCCACCACUUUGUCUACCCGGAGAGCUACCGAGAUCUGGCAGAGGACGUCCACAUGAUCCUCAUCCCUUUCAAAACCCUGGACCUGCGUUGGAUCGUCAGUGCUCUGACCACAGGCACCAUCAACCACACGUACAUUCCGGUGCCACGUAAAAUCAAAGUCAACAAAGACAAGAUCCUGGUUUAUCAUCCCGCCUUCAUCAAAUAUGUUUAUGACAACUGGCUGCAGCAUCAUGGAAGAUACCCGUCGACCGGCUGCCUGUCAGUUAUAUUUGCCCUCCACCUCUGCGAUGAGGUGGAUCUAUACGGUUUUGGAGCAGAUACCAAAGGUAACUGGCACCAUUACUGGGAGAACAAUCCUUCUGCCGGGGCAUUCCGACAGACAGGAGUCCAUGAUGGAGACUUCGAAUCUAACGUAACAUUGACCCUUGCCUCAGUUGACAAAAUACGCAUCUUCAAGGGCAGAUGACCCCCCCCCCCCCCCAUCUCAGAGAGCGCUGUGAUUUCUGUUAGCAGGGAUUAUCGACAAAUUUGUAAAAAAAAAAAAAAAGGGCACCUGGAGCAAAGUGAAUCUGAAGCUUCAGCGGAUGGAGCCAUAGAAUCACCACCGGAGUUGGAAUUUGUGAGCUGUAUCGAUUGGCACCGUGUACCGGUUUUGCUUUCUUGGGUAGAACAUGGAAGAAUCUUUCGAAGGUGAUGGGGGAAAGGAACUGUUUCUUCGUUGCGGUGCGAAGGAAGACUCUGGGUAACAUUUCAGUCUUGUCUUGAGAUUUCAUCUCGUGCAAGUGGAAGUAAAAGAACGGCUCUGUGUCUUCAUAAGGUUUGCUGAAACCACAUUUUCGAAGUUUCGGUGAGAAAAAACAAACGGGCGAAAGAGAUGCAGAAACAGCUUGCAGGUUUCCAGUCUGACAAGAAUGGAGGCAAGCACCCUCUCAGUUCAUGAUUACCUCAAAAGAGCCUGGAUCGCUCUAGAUCUUUUCUCUGAAGCAGUCUCGGUGGGGCUCAGCUCCCAUUUUGUCUGUCUCUAUUUGCUGGCAUUCAGAAAAUUGUAUAUGAACGAACCCUCUCCAUAUCCAGUUAUUAAUUCUUUUUAUAGACAUAUAUAUUUUCUUCACAGCCAUAAGUUAACGGGGAGAAGCCUCAAGUGAAAAUCCAUGACGGUGGAACCAACUAGCCACCACCAUUUACUUUUCAAAAUGUAUUUCUGAUGGCUGAUCUUCUCCGAACUCUUGUGUAAAGGACUGAUUUUUUUUUUCCCUAUAUCUGACAUGUGCCUUUCUAAAAUGGGCAGAAUCAAACGGGGAGGGGGGGUUUCUCUCACAGACCGAAUUCCCUCAGUCACACUUUUUUGAUACGAAGAUAACUGACCAAAGUUCAAGCCCACUCAUGGUAUCAUUUUGUAUCGGCAGUCUUCUUACUUGAAAAAAAAAAAAAA